AUGAACAAUGGACAAUUGAAAUUUAGAGUAAAAUUAUCUGAUAGCAUUAGGUACGACAGUACAGAGGCAAGUGAAAAUGAAUCUGAAGUAGGCCAAAUCUCUGAGAGAAAUUAUAAUAUUAAUAGCAAUGAUAAUGAUAAUAAUGAUAAUAAUGAUAAUAAUGAUAAUAAUAGUAUUCAAAAUCGAAGUGCCAAGAGACGUUCUGGAGGUAAGCAUCAGAUGGCUGCCUGUUCGGCUUGUAAGAAAAAAAGAAAAAAAUGUGAUGGGAAAUAUCCUAUUUGCACUGGUUGCAUAAAAUCCAGAACAGAAUGUACGAUUUAUGAUGUCACAACAGGCCGUAUCAUUCCUCGAAACUACAUCCAAACACUUGAACAGAGGAUUUCACAAUUAGAGGAAAAGAUUUCAAAAUCUGAAUCUAUCAUAGAAAAUCGAAGGAUUCAAGCUUUGGAAUUGGAACAAUCAAAAAGUUGGAAAGUGAAGCAAAAGACACCAAAUACUGCUACCACCGAUGUGGGAUCUUCAUCAGAGAUCCUGUUUUCUUCGAAACCAGAUCAAACUUCGCAUAAAACUUUUUAUCCCAAGGCACAGCGUGACAAGCCUCGUUUAUUCAAGAAUAAGGAUUUAGAGAUGGAAAUAGGGUAUAUUACCCUUGGUGUUGGUGCAGAGUCGAGGUUUAUAGGUGAUACGAGUGCUUUUUCUAUCGCCAAGGCUAUAACGAAUUCUAUUGACUAUUUCAAAAAAGAAAGUAGAGCAACUAAUCAGUUUUUCUUAAAGGAUAAAGUCCCUCCACUACCUGAAGAAUUUCAACCACCUUUUACCAAGCCUUCUAUGAAUGCAGCUUUACUUUAUUUGAAUAGUUAUAAAGUCAUUGUGCAAUGUCAGUACCCAUUUUUAGAAUGGGAAUGGGUUGAGCAAUGUUUCGAUGAAGUCAUGAACAAAGAUUCAGAAAGUGCAGAAGAGAUGUUUUUUAUUUAUAUGAUAUUUGCUAUUGGCGCACAAUUGUCGUCGAACAACAAUCAAUUUUCAACCCUUGCAUAUAUCAAAAUCUACUACAAUAAGGCAAUGGAAUACAUUAGUCCGAUAAUAGAAGUCAACACCCUUAGAAGUGUUCAAGCAUACUUGAUGAUAUCAACUUUUUCACAAAAGAUGCCUGAUGGGUCUUCUAUUUGGCAAUCCACUGGUUUAGCAAUUCGGACUGCUGUAGCAUUAGGGCUUCACCGGCAACCAUACCGUAAUAGAGAUGACGAAAGUUUAUCCUCUAAAGCCAAACAAACGCUAGAACUACGUUACAGAAUUUUUUGGUGUGCUUAUGGAAUGGAGCGAAUCAAUGGAAUUGUUUUGGGGAGACCAUUUGGAAUAUCUGAUGUCGAUAUUGAUGCAUUGAUGCCUACGGAAACACCAGAAAUAUCGGUAGCUUGUCAUGUUUUUAAAUUGAGGAGAAUUCAAUCAAGCAUAUGCACCUUUGUCUAUAAGCCUGUAGCGAUCAUGGAUUCUUUUGAGGAAAUAGAUACCACUAGAGUGCAAAUCGUGUUGGAACUAAAUGAAUGGAUGACGACCUUUCCAGCUAAAGCACAUCCGAUAUCUGUAUUUGAAACUUAUAACUGGUCACAAAUAUCAUACCACAAUUCAAUGGUAUUACUCUUACGCCCAGUUUUGCUCGAGGUUUCCAAAUUGAAAGAGCAAUCGAAUCCUAGAUUACUUGAAUGGUUUAAAGUGUUCACUCAAUCUGCUUCGGCGAUAUGUAUGAACUAUAAAGAUCUCCAUGCGAAAGGAAAACUAGGCUAUACCUGGCUAGCGAUGCAUUGUGUCUUUGUUGCUGGGUUAUCAUUUUUAUAUUGUUUAUGGAUUGAUACUUCUGUUAAAGUAUUGGAGUGGAAAAGAAAACGAUUGAUUUAUGACACCAUUUCUGGAUGCUCUAGUGUUUUAUAUGUUUUGGCAGAAAGAUUUUCUACUGCUUCCGUAUUCAGAGACACGUACGAAAGAAUAGCAAAUACAGUAUUAACGAAGAUUGAGAACCCCCAUCAAGAUGCCACAUCUACUAAUGUUUCCAAAGAAACUCAAAUGAUAACUAAUGAUUACAAUAAUUUUACUAUGGGUGUUCUUAAUGAACACAGUAUUGGUAUCGAUCAAUAUUUAAGUUUCGAGAAUGAUUUAAGAGCUCAACAAUGUGAUCAAGAAUCCAAGUGCAAUGUUGCCAAACUAUUAAAUCCUUCACAACAUCCAGAGCAGGAACAAUCGUUUUUUGAACAGCAUGUAAAGCCUCUGAGCGUAGAUUUUUCCAAUGGAAUUAGCAGUAAUAGGGAUGCUUCGGAUUGGAUCACUGAUAGUUCAAUGUGGGAGUUUUUGGAUAACACCGGAGAUAAGUUUCUUCGAGACAUCUACUAUGACAUGGAAAAUAACUUUAUUGGGUUAAGUGGAUACUAA